AUGACCUUCCUCUCCGGUGCCGUCAACGUCUGCGGCGCUGGACUGGUUCACGAUCCCGCCCAGCCCUCGGACCACAAGACCAUGUACCAACUCAUCGCUUCUCCCGUCGUCAACACUCCGCCUCCAUCCUAUAUCAUCAAGCUCCUCCACAGCCACAAUAAGCCCUUGUAUGUCCCCGCCAAUGGCCAUCGUUCUAACGGUCAACCCACCGACACCAAGGAAGAUAUGAUGGAGAUCUUCCAGACCGACGUCACUGGCCAGGCCCGUGAGCACCGUAAGCUGAUGGCUCGUCGUAAUUACGUUGCUAUUGUCGCAUAUGACCCGGAAGUUGCUACAGCUCCUACCUUCGGGCAACCGAUCGUCGGGCAAGGCCAGAGUAAGCUUAGCCUGGCGGCUGAUUUCAUGGUUCAGGGUGAAGGCGCCUAUGCGAAUGUGGUCAAAUAUGGUCCUGUCAUUGUGCCGAGUCUGGAACACGGCCGUUGA